AUGGCGCCUCCACCCGAGGAAGGCAUGACCUUCCACGACGGGAGCGCUGCGGUGGAGGCUAUUCAAGACUACGCAUUGUCCAUUAAGAAGCGGCUGUACCAGCGCAAGAACAGCAACGCUUGGUACAUCAGCUCGCUGGAUCUAGGGCACAUGAACUGCACUUAG